GCCAGAGCACUGAGAGAUAUUAGCGCUGCGCAAUCUGUUGGCACUCUACAAAUAACCAAUAAUAAUAAUAUUGGGUAUUGAUGUAACUGGAGUGAAAAAGGGAACCUUCUUCCUGAACGCAGACAUUGGAGCCUGUUAUCAGCAUGAACUCCUAUGUGUUAGACAAACACAUGAAUAGUUCAUAUCAACCCUUCACUACAGCAAGCAUCACAAUGAUGCCACAGACUCCAACAUUUUUAGACACUAAUGAUUAUUCACAAAAAUUGGGGAAAUCACAGCAGAUAUUUAAAGAAGAUGGUGAAUUGGCAGGAACUGGUCAGCAAUCAUUAUGUACAGAGAGUAAUUUAGUCAUCAAACAAGAGGACAAUAAUUAUGCCUUAUCUAGUGAAAUUAUUAUCCCUGAGGAUAAGCCACAAACAUUUACUGAGUUUUUAAAACAUUUUAAAGAAGAGAAAAGUCUACAGUCUAGCCAAAUGAUUCAUACAAAGGAGAAACAUUUCAAAUGUACAGAAUGUGAGAAAAGCUUUAGAUAUAAGUCUCAUCUCCUAGAACACCACAACAUUCACACAGGUGAGAAGCCAAACACAUGUACUGAGGGUGUCAAAUGUUUUAUACAAAUGACAAAACGUCUAGCUCAUGAAAGGACCCACAUGCGGGAGAUAUCAUUUAGCUGUACAGAGUGUGGAAAAAGUUUUAUACAAAAGAGUGAUCUGAAAAAGCAUGAAAGGAUUCACACAGGAGAAAAGCCAUUCACAUGUACUGAGUGUGGAAAACGUUUUACAGAAAAGAGUACUCUGAGAAAACAUGAAAGGAUUCACACAGGAGAAAAGCCUUUCACAUGUGUAGAGUGUGGAAAAAGUUUUACAGAAAAGAGUAGUCUGACAAAUCAUGAAAGGAGUCACACAGGAGAAAAGCCUUUCACAUGUACAGAGUGUGGAAAAAGUUUUACAGAAAAGAGUAGUCUGACAAAUCAUGAAAGGAUUCACACAGGAGAAAAGCCUUUCACAUGUACAGAGUGUGGAAAAAGUUUUACAGAAAAGAGUAGUCUGAGAAAACAUGAAAGAUUUCACACAGGGGAAAAGCCUUUCACAUGUACAGAGUGUGGAAAAUGUUUUACAGAAAAGAGUGAUCUGAAACGGCAUGAAAGGAUUCACACAGGGGAAAAGCCUUUUACAUGUACAGAGUGUGGAAUAAGUUUUACACAAAUAAGUAGUCUGACAAAUCAUGAAAGGAUUCACACAGGAGAAAAGCUUUUCACAUGUACAGAGUGUGGAAAAAGUUUUACAGAUAAGGGUAAUCUGAGAAAACAUGAAAUAUUUCACACAGGGGAAAAGCCUUUCAUAUGUACAGAGUGUGGAAAAUGUUUUACAGAUAAGGGUAAUCUGAAAAGGCAUGAAAGGAUUCACACAGGAGAAAAGCCUUUUACAUGUACAGAGUGUGGAAUAAGUUUUACACAAAUAAGUAGUCUGACAUAUCAUGAAAGGAUUCACACAGGAGAAAAGCUUUUCACAUGUACAGAGUGUGGAAAAAGUUUUACAGAUAAGGGUAAUCUGAGAAAACAUGAAAGAUUUCACACAGGGGAAAAGCCUUUCAUAUGUACAGAGUGUGGAAAAUGUUUUACAGAAAAGAGUGAUCUGAAAAGGCAUGAAAGGAUUCACACAGGGGAAAAGCCUUUCAUAUGUACAGAGUGUGGAAAAAGUUUUUCACGGAAGAGUGAUCUGAAAAAUCAUGAAAGAAGUCACACAGGAGAAAAGCCUUUUACAUGUACAGAGUGUGGAAAAAGUUUUACAGAUAAGGGUAAUCUGAGAAAACUUGAAAUGAUUCACACAGGGGAAAAGCUUUUUGCAUGUACAGAGUGUGGAAAUAGCUUUACACAAAUGAGUAAUCUGAGAAAACAUGAAAGGAUUCACAAGGGAAGAUACCUUUCACAUGUUUAGAAAGUGGAAAAAGGUUUUUAUUUAAAUCAGGUAUCACAAAACACCAAAUAUUUACACACAAAUAAACUUUAUUUACACAGUGUACAAACUUUUUUACAAUUAUCCUAAAGAGGACAAACUCUCUAAAUAGAAGCAUCAAAAGAGAUGUUAUUGUAAUAAUACUUUCUAAAUCCUAGUUAUAGAAGCCUCGGAUUGGAAGUGCUCUCCUGAUGUCCUUUGUGCCUCUAUAUAUGUGCACUUCAGUUUCUCUCAUAUAAAUGUGAUAGAAUCCAAAUACGACACAGGAAUAUACAAAUCUGCCCUCAUACUGACAAGUUUAUACAACUAUUCAUUACCAAAACACCCCCAGUGUUUAUUUAUAUGACAGUGUUAGGAGUUGUACGUUUGAUUCACAUAGGGGAGAAAAUAAUUACAUUUACAUUUAGUGUACUAUGUACUCCUGUUACUGAGAGGAAAUAUGACCAAUAUUCGUAAGUAUAAAACAAAUAUGUUUAAUGGUGAUUAUAUUAAAAUCCCAUAUGGGUAGACAAUCUAAAAAACAAUACU